GGUUAUUGCUGCAUAGCAUUCUGAAUAAUACAAAAAUGAUUUUUGAAAUACCAUCUCAAUGUGUGCCUUGUAUGUUGCUGGCAUUAGUAGUGCUAAUAUGCGCCAAGCUACUUCAGUACGUUGCUCAUAUUGGAAGAUCAAAAUCUCUUCGAGAUAGAGCAACCAAAAAACGAGAGAAAGAGCAAGCAUUUAUUCAGCGACAACUGGGCACCAUUUGUAAAGAGCUGAGCGAAGAAAAAGUUAAAUCUGUUCUCAGUUUGAAUGGACCCCAACUUGUAGACGAAAUUAAAGGAAAGCAAUUGAGUCCUAGUCUGGCAACAAAAAUUUAUGUUUACAAUGCAUGUAAAGUUACCAAAAAACUGAAUUGCAUCACUGAAAUAAUAAAAGAUUAUGCUGAAACUGCAGAGAAACUGGAAGCAAAAAAUGCAACUGAUUUGCCUUUGUAUGGACUUCCUGUCAGCAUUAAGGAAUGCCUUGAAACGAAGGGAGCUCCAAGUACUGUUGGAAUUGCAUCAUACUUAGACAAUAUUGCCACAAGUGAUUGUGUAUUGGCGCAAGUGUUGAAACAUUGUGGAGCUGUACCAUUCGCAAAAACAAAUUUUUCACAGAUGAUUUUGAGUUUCGAAAGCAGUAACCCAAUUUUUGGGGAAACGUCCAAUCCUCGAAACCCAGAUUUUGGUCCAGGUGGUUCGUCAUCGGGAGAAGGAAGCAUAGUUGGUUCCGGAGCUUCAGUACUUGGCUUUGGUACUGAUACUGGUGGAAGUAUUCGAGGACCAUCUCAUUUGUGUGGAAUAUGUGGAUUCAAGCCUACAUUGAAUCGUUUAAGUCAUUCGGGACUUGUUCCUCCUUAUUGCAUGACAUCAGUCACUGCCACCGUGGGACCAAUGGCACGUGAUGUUGACACAAUUGUGAUGGCGAUGCGAGCACUGUGCUGCGAUAAAAUGUUUGAGUUGGACCCCCAUGUUAUCCCUGUAAAAUUUCGAGACGAGAUGUACAACAAUAAAAAACCUUUGAGGAUUGGAUAUUUCUAUGACAAUGGUUAUGUAAAACCAGUGCCUGCUUGUCAAAGAGUCGUGAAAAUGGCUAAAGAGGCACUGGAGAAAGCCGGGCACACCUUGGUUUCAUAUACGGUACCAGAUAUUGAAGACAUUAUGGAUGCUGCUUCAACGGGUUUAUGGACAAUGCCAUGGAUAGUCAGAAAAAUCUAUGCUUUCCUUCUGAGCCUGAAAUCCCCAAGAAUGGCUAAAGAUCUCAUGGCUUACGGUGGAGGAGGAGACACAAGCACAUACAAUUUAUGGCAAGUUCGCAUGAAAAUAGAAAUGUACAAAGCUAAGUUUUGGUCCGAAUGGAGAGAAAAAUACAAAAUCGAUGCUGUGAUAUGCCCCACUUAUCCCCUGGUUGCCUGCAAAAAAGGAAACCUAGUAAACACAACAGGAUUGAUGACUUACACCGUUUUGUUCAACACUGUAAACGGACCGGCAGGAACAGUUCCUGUAUCAAAAGUUACUCAGAAAGAUAUUGACGACCUCAAGGACUUUCAAGGUCAUUAUGGAGACGAUUGGGAUGAACAUAAUAAAAAGGCAACACUACAGAGCAUCAACAUGCCCAUUGGAGUGCAAUGCGCAAGUUAUCCAUUCAAAGAGGAAGUUUGUCUUCGCUUGAUGAAGGAAGUUGAAACUUUGCUUCCUAUGAAGAAAGAUCAGUAACACAAUUGAUCGUUGCCAACCAAUAUGAAUAAAACGAACUGUAACCUGUUUUCCUUGUACAAAUUAAUGAUAAAAAGUUCUUAGUGUUUCCCUUUUUCAAAAAAUAAAACAUGCGUUGUAUUAAAUCAGAUGAGCAUUUUAAUGCAAUUCUAAGACCUUAUCUAUCAAUAUAUAUAUAUAUGAAUAUGUGAUAAACUUUACUAGUUCUUGUUUUCUGUAAUCGUGAUAACACCAACGGAAAACUAUUUUUGCUACUGUUUGACAAAUUUUCUUACAUAGAUUGGCUUAGUAUACUAAUAUACCCCACGCAAUUUCAUUUCUCCUGUAUGUAAAUGUAAUAAAGUGUAUAUGAGAAAGUGGUCUUCUUGUAUCACAUAAUAUGUUUAUGUAAUCAUUUUUUAAUCGAUUCGAUUAAGCUUAAUGUGUCAGUGCCAGAUCAGAGAGAAUUGUCAUAAUCGAAUUGAAACAUUUAGAGAUCUCAAUACGACUAGAUUUAUAGAUUUAUUUAACUCAUUUUAAUGUUCGAUUCACACAAAAUAUUCUUAUUUAAAUAGUGUAAUAGCCUUUCU